AUGAGCCAGCAGACUGAGCCUGUCCAGCCUAUCAUGGAGAUGGACAAGAGUGGUAUAUUUCACGAUUCAAGUGAAAACUCCCAGGAUUCCGAGGAGAGGCAGGAUGAAGACCGACCUCAACUCAAACGCCAGCUGAAAGCUAGACAUAUGCAGAUGAUUGCAAUUGGCGGAACUAUUGGUACAGGUCUUUUCAUCGCUUCUGGUGCUUCAAUUGCCACGGCAGGCCCUGCAGGCGCCUUAAUUGCCUAUACAUUCGUGGGAUCUGUGGUUUUCUCCGUGAUGAACUCUCUAGGCGAGAUGAGCACUUACAUUCCAAUAAGUGGUGCAUUUACCGCAUUUGCAUCUCGCUUUGCCCACCCCUCUCUCGGAUUUGCAAUGGGAUGGGUUUACUGGUUUUCUUGGGCCAUGACAUUUUCUCUCGAGCUUACUGCUAUCGGGCUAGUUAUUCAAUAUUGGCUACCUCGUCUCAAAAUAAGUAUAUGUAUCGGCGUAUUUUGGGUCUUUCUAACAAUACUCAACUUUUUACCGGUAUCCAUUUUCGGUGAAUUUGAGUUUUGGCUUUCGUCCGUCAAAGUUAUCACCGUCGCAGGAUUUUUAAUAUUUGCUAUAUGUAUUGAUGCAGGGGCAGGUCAACAUGGAUACCUAGGCUUUAGCACAUGGAGAGAUCCAGGCGCAUUCGCGCCAUAUCUUAUCACCUCUUCUCCGGCAUUAGGAAAAUUUAUUGGAUUCUGGGCCGUUAUGAUACAAGCUGGCUUCUCAUAUCAAGGCACUGAACUCGUAGGAAUCGCGGCCGGUGAAUGCGAAAACCCUCGGAAAAAUGUACCAGCAGCCAUUCGAAAAACAUUUUUUCGUAUCCUCAUCUUCUUCGUCUUAAGCAUCUUUUUUAUCGGCCUCCUCAUACCUCAUGACAAUGAAUUGCUACUUUCCGAAUCUUCUAAUGCAACAGCAUCACCUUUUGUGAUAGCUGCAAAUCUCGCAGGCGUCAAGGUACUCUCAGGAAUUAUCAAUGCCGUCCUUUUAUUUGUUAUUCUCUCUGCUGCUAAUAGCAAUAUCUACUCAGGAUCUCGUGUUCUUCUUGGGCUUGCUAAUGAUGGCUUUGCUCCAAAGUUUGUUACUCGCACCACUCAAAACGGGAUCCCUUACAUCGCCGUGGCUUUCACCUCUUCCUUCGGUCUCCUUGCUUUCCUUAAUGAGAGUGAUCGCGGAGGGGAAGUUUUCAGCUGGCUCAUGAAUAUUUCGGCCAUAUCUGGCUUCAUUACAUGGGCUUGUAUUAGUUACUGUCAUAUCGCAUUUAUGCGCGCUCUUGAAGCUCGAGGUAUAUCGCGCGAUACACUCCCCUUCAGCGCAUUGGGUGGAAAGUGGUUUGCCUGGUACGGACUAUCAUUUAAUGUUCUAAUUAUUUUGACACAAGGUUUUACUGCUUUCAUUCCUUGGAAUUCUUCCAAAUUUUUCACUUGCUACAUAUCACUAUUACUUUUUAUUGUGUUAUUUGUGGGUCAUGUAUUGGUUAUGAAAACUAAAUUUGUAAGUCCACUUGAGGCAGAUAUCAAGACGGGUCGCCUGAAAGGAGAGGGAGAGGGCGAGACUUGGAGUAUUGAAAGACCAAAAACUUUUGGGCAAAAGAUUAUGGAGUGGCUUUUAUAA